AUGUCGGUUUGCUUUGCUGUGUGUGUUUCUGCAGUGAUGUAUCACCACCUCAGGUCACACGUUGCAUCCUCUCAGGCACGAGACAUGUCUGAGCAGCAAGUCCUGUGCCAGUCCAGCGCUGUGGGCAAACCCAAAACAUGUUCCAUAGUCAGGCUGGUAAGAUGCUGUGGCAAGAGCUAUGACUAUGCUCCAGAACACGGAGGGGCCACACCUGCCUGUCUCGUCCUGGGUUGUAUGAUUUUUCCUGAUGGCUGGGAUUCAGAUGAGGUAAAACGGAUGUGUGGUGAAAAGACAGACAAGUACACGCUGGGGGCUUGUUCAGUCCGCUGGGCAUAUAUCCUGGCGAUUAUUGGAAUCUUGGAUGCCCUGAUCCUCUCAUUUCUGGCAUUUGUGCUUGGCAACAGACAAGACAGCUUGCUAGCAGAGGAGCUGAAGUUGGAAAACAAAG